UCAAGAUCAUCAUUUUGAAACCACGCCAUUGUUCCCCUUCUCCUCCUCCGUUGAAUUUUGUCGGACUUGUGAGCCAAUUCAAAAUUGGUUUGUUAAUUAGGCUGCUUAAUCGUAAUUAAAGUAGACCGAAACGGUGACGUUUAGUGGUACCAAAUAAUUUGGUUUGGUUCUUCCUUGUUCCUUCUUCUUCGUCCCCGGUGGUGUUUGCUUUUGGAUGCGGAGAUUGCUUGCGACUGCGAUUGCCUCAUCCACGGCGAAGAAAGCUUUCCCCAGAGUAGGAGCUGCUGCUGCUCGAGCUUUUUCUUCUUACCGAGAGAAACUGAGAGCUGGGCUUCUUCACUCCUUGAGGUUUGAAGAUGCGCUUGAUUUGUUCUUUGAGAUGGUUCAGUCCCAACCCUUACCUUCCACUGUUGAUUUCACUAGACUACUCACCGCCUUUGCCCAUAUGAAAAGGUAUGACACCGUCAUCUAUCUCUCCCAACAGAUGCAACUCUUUGGCAUCUCUCACGAUCUCUACAGCUUCACCGUUUUGUUACAUUGUAUCUGCCGAUGCUCUCGCCUCUCUCUUGCUCUCUCUCUUCUUGCCAGAAUGAUGAAACUUGGGUUUGAGCCCAGCAUUGUCACGCUCGGCUCUCUCAUCCAUGGGUUCUGUCUCCGCAAUCGGUUUGGCGAGGCCUUGUCUCUGGUUAAUUCAAUCCUCAAAUCGGGAUAUGAACCCAAUGCUGUUAUCUACAACACUCUCAUUGCUGGUCUCUGCAAGAGCGGUCAUGUGAAUUCUGCCUUGGAGGUUUUCGACCUGAUGGAAGAGCAAGGACUCCGAGGGGAUCUUGUCACCUACAACACUCUCUUAUCCGGCCUUUGUUAUUCUGGUCGAUGGAGCGAGGCCGCUCGUCUGCUGAGAGAUAUGAUGAGUAAGAGGAUUAACCCUGAUGUCAUCACUUUCACUGCACUGAUCGAUGCGUUUGUCAAACAAGGCAACCUUUCCGGGGCUCAAGAGCUUUACAAGGAGAUGAUACAAAACGCCAUCGACCCUAACCAGGUCACUUACAAUUCACUCAUCUAUGGGCUUUGCCUGCACGGUCACCUAUAUCACGCUCAAAAAACAUUUGCUCUGAUGCUAAGCAAGGGUUGCUUCCCAAACGUGGUCACCUAUAACACUCUCAUUUAUGGAUUCUGCAAGUAUAGGAUGGUUGAUUACGGGAUGAAACUCUUCCAAAGGAUGUCUCAUCAAGGAUUGCUUGGUGACGCAUUCACUUACAACAUUCUUAUCCACGGUUAUUGUAAGGUGGGCAAUCUUCGAGUUGCCCUGGAUAUAUUCAGCUGGAUGGUCUCUUGUCGAGUUACUCCCGAUAUUGUUACCCACUGCAUUUUGUUACAUGGUCUUUGUGUUAAUGGAGAGAUUGAAAACGCACUGGCGAAAUUCGAUGAUAUGCGAAGAAGUGAAACGUAUGUUGGUAUUGUUGCAUAUAACAUCAUGAUUUACGGGUUGUGCAAGGCGGAUCAAGUGGAAAAAGCUUGGGACUUAUUUUGUGGACUCCCUUUCCAGGGAGUGAAGCCUGAUGCUAGAACAUACACUACCAUGAUAUUAGGAUUGUGUAAGAAUGGGCCAAGGCGUGAAGCGGAUGAGCUGUUUAGAAAAAUGAAAGAGGAUGGGAUCAUAUGCCAGUUGAAUGGCAUUUAGGAGAGCAUGGCACAACUUAUCAAGAAUUCGGAAUUCUCAGCUAAUGUCCUACUUUUUGUUGUUGUUGUGGAACUUUGAUUGUUGUGUUGCAGUCACAUCAUAAGAGGGAUUGUGAAUUGAGUUAAUCAGGACAAGUCUGAAGUGUGUGGUGAGUGGAUGGUAAAGAAGCACUCAAGUACAAAACUCUUGCAGGGGGUAAUUUUUGGACAUGUAAAUGUAUGCAUCUAGAAAUUUGAACUGAUUUAGCAUAUUGUAUAGAAGACUUGUACAUCAUGACCCAACUCUUGAGUUAUUGAAAGUUGAAACCAUCUCAAAUUCUCAAUAUAAAUAUUGGAAAUUUGUUCUA